AACCUAGUUUCUGAUAGAAAUCUUUUACUGAUCAACAGUGUUUGGAUUUUUAAGUUAAAGGUCGCUGGGUCGGUCCCUGUCAUUUUUACCGAGAUCAACAAAUGUGAUAUUCUAAAAUGAACCAUGUGCAUUCUUUGGAUAUUGAUACUCUGAUACAGAUUGCUGAAACUUUGGAAUCCAUUGUUUGUCAAUGUUUUGGACCGAAUGGGGGCCAAGUACUUUUUACUAAAGCCACAGGUGAAUUACUUGUUACACGAGAUGGAAAGAGGGUACUGAAUUCACUUCUUCUGGACCAUCCCAUUGCCAGAAUGAUCGUGGAUUGUGUCUCUGCUCACUGCGGUGUGACUGGAGAUGGUGCCAAGUCAUUCAUUUUACUGCUGUCUGCAUUGCUUCGAGGACUUCAAGCCUCGGUAGACAAGGGCACAGCAGGACAAUCCACCUGUCACAACUUUUUAGGGAGAGCAAAACAGCGAAGUGAAGAGAUGAAGCAUGUGACCGACUGUCUGCUUACAUUUCAGACACAGGUUUUGAAUCAAAUUAUCAGGCAGCACCUUAAUCAGCACGUCACAUCUUUGUUUACAGGUGAUCAGAUGACUGUGACAAAUGACAAAAUAGGGUCAAUUAUGGAGGCCUAUUUUUGUGGCAAAAUAGGAAAUGUUCAUUGCAAGUUUUUAAGUGAGAUGGCCUGUGAUUUCUUUUUUAAGUGCACCUGUGAUCGGGGAAGAGGUCAGACUCUGAAUUUAAUUUGCAGACAUUUUUUAGACCUUCACACUGCAGUGAAGGGUUUUCCUAUAGGGAGUUCAAGGGUCCUGGAAGGGCUGGUGCUGCACCGAGAUUUCACAGUUUACUGCCAGACAGAUGGUCAGUUAAAAGUGUUGGUUGUCACAGAACCAAUCCAGCCUCCUCUUUCAGAUGCUGGAACAACAUUGCUCCUCCGUUCCAACUUUCAAUUGCAGUCUUCCAACAUCUGGAUUGCUAAAAGAGUGGAGGAAAUAAUGAACUUUUUACAACAGAACCAAGUGAAAUUAUUAUUAUCCAGUGUAAAGCAGUCUGAUGUGGUCCUCUAUCAUGCACAGUUGUGUGGUAUAUCUGUUGUGCAAUGUAUAGAGGCUGAUGAGUUAUCUCUCUUCUGUUAUCUUGCUGGAAUAGCUCCUCUUUCAUCACCUUGGGACAUUCUUCACAGUAGAGACACAGACCUGGCAAACGCAGUGUUUUGCAAACCUGUUUUGCUUGGAGCCCAUAGGUAUGCUCACAUUGGUUUGAUGAAUAGAGGUGAUUUUUCCCCACAUUGUGUUAUCCUUUGCGGGCCCAUUCCUGGUCUAACCGAGCAGUGUGUCUCUGCCUUUCACGGUGGUUUGAAAAUGCUGCAGCAUGCAUUUGAGCCUGUUGAUUUAUGCCAAGGGCAGGGGUUGUGCAGCAGAAAUUCAAACAAUGCUAAUGCAAACGAAGCCCAUCAAGUAUUGACCCACUGCAGCUUGAAAACAAUUGUUCAGGAAGAUAGUAUUAAAGAUACAAUUAAUGAAACCAGUGACAGACAUGACAUUUGCUGCCCUACAACUGAGGAAAUUUGUGCCAGCAGCAAUUUGGUCAGUGAUAAAGAGCAGAGGGGUGUUAUAAGGGAGGACCCAAAGGCAAAUCAAAGCAGCCUUGCUGCUGAUGUGAACUUGGACAUCAGGAAUGCACAGACUGGUAUUUUAGCAGGAUGCAAGACCACAGGUGAUAAUUUGGAUGAACAUUUAAAGCAAAGGAACAUUAAUUGUGUGAACAAAGCAAGAGAAAUGGGCAGUGUAUUUGGACAACAUAGUUGUGCUUUCAGUAGCUGUGCCAUUCAAAAAGAGAGUACUGCAGCUAAAAAUACGCAAAGGGAUAUCCGAGGCAGUGCCCUCACACAGGAGCAUGCAGAUGUCCUAAUAGAAGCUGGCAGUGUUUUGCCAGUAGGAGGCAGCUUUGAAUUUCUCUUACACCACUAUCUCCGGCUGUACGCCCAGCACAGCCUGCAGCCUGAAGUGAAGACAACGUGCAGCCUUGUAGCAGACGCUGUGCUAAACAUUCCCAGGAACAUUUACAAUACCAAAAGCACAAACAGACAUUUUCUACAAGUUUAUACCAAAGUCAGAAAUGACAUUCAAAGCAAGGGAUGUAUAAGUGAUGGCCCUGGGUUACUAGAGUCGGUGUCUUGUAAAUACCAGCUUCUGGUUUCAGUACUGCAGUGUGCAAGGAGUCUGGUGACUAUAGACUCUUUGAUUGGUAUUGACAGAAAGACUCAAAACACAACAAAGGGGGAAAAAGAAGAUGUUGAGUGA